AGGGGCACGUGAUGUCGGGGUACCAUGCGAACUCAGGGAGGCACUUCACAGUGGAGGUGGAGGACGAUACAGGGGGUGUCAAGAAGAGGAAGUUCCGUUCCAGAGCGCAUGCGAACCCGCUUGCUGAUCCUCAGUUCGAGUAUCCCGUGAGCCCUGACUGUGUCGACUGGUCGGUUCUCUAUCCCGAGCUAUGCGGCGAAGCGAAAACGAUGCCCAGGCCGGUGGAGUAUGCAGAUAUCGGGUGUGGGUUUGGUGGGUUGCUGGUCAAGCUUGGAGAGAGGUUCCCUGACAAGAUCUCUAUCGGUGUCGAGAUCCGGGAGAAAGUUGCCAGCUAUGUUGAUCAGAGGAUAAAAGCGUUGAGAAAUGAAAACAAAGGAAGAUUUCAAAAUAUUUCUGUGGUUCGCACAAACGCCAUGAAAUGCAUCGCAAACUUUUUCGUGAAAGGGAGCUUGGAGAAGCUAUUUUUCUGCUUUGCCGACCCUCACUUCAAGACCAAGAACCAUCGAAGGAGAAUCAUCAAUCGCAAUUCAAUCAGCGAAUUUGCCUACGUGCUCAAGGAAGGGGGAUUUCUGUAUGUGGUUACCGAUGUCAAGGAGUUGCACGACUGGCAAGUGGAGCAUCUGAAUGCGCACCCACUCUUCGAAAAGUUGGAUGACGACGCUGAGAAGGCAGAUCCGUGCUGGGACCUAAUGUUCAACUCCUCCGAAGAGGCCAAUAAGGUCGAAAGGAAUGAGGGCAGCAAGUUCGGAGCGAUCUAUCGGAGGAUCUCACUGGCCGAGGCUGUUGCGAGACGAGAGAAGAAGUAAUGAUGUGAACCCGACACGUUCUUGGUAGUGCUGCUGGUGAGAAACUUGCUACAUCAGCUCCCUACACCAUUCUUCGAUCGUGCGGCAUCAGUUCAACACAUCCUGGUGCAACCUUUCAGCUUCCAUAUUUUACAUUAAACAGUGCGGAUUUUUCUU